CUCGAUAAAGGGAAGUCUAAAGUCUGGGCUUUAAACUGCAGACCUUUCGGGAGUUUUUAUUAUGUGAUGUUUUAUCGACGUGUUAAUGAGGUUAAAGAUGUUUUCCAGGACUCACAUAUGGCUGCUUUUAUUUAUGGUUUACCUUCUGGACCUGUGUAUGUUUGCAAAAGGGAAAUUAAAUGUGCUGUACAUAAUAGCUGACGAUUUGAGACCCACUCUGGGGUGCUACUCUGAUCCAGUGGUAAAAUCACCCAAUAUUGAUCAACUUGCCUCUAAAAGCACUGUAUUCAACAACACCUUUGCACAGCAAGCAGUAUGUGCCCCAAGCAGAACAUCUUUCCUUACAAGUCGAAGGCCAGACACCACCAGACUGUAUGAUUUCAACUCCUACUGGAGAGUCAGUGCAGGCAAUUACACCACGCUGCCACAGUAUUUCAAAUCCAACGGCUACACGACUCUGUCUGUGGGGAAAGUCUUCCAUCCAGGCAUCGCCUCCAAUCACACGGAUGAUUACCCAUACAGCUGGUCUGUACCACCGUAUCAUCCACCCUCUUUCAUCUAUGAAAAGAGGAAGGUUUGUAAGAACAAAGACGGCACGCUUCACAGUAACUUGCUGUGCUCGGUGAACGUUUCGGAGAUGCCUUUGAGAACUUUGCCUGACCUGGAGAACACAGAAGAAGCCAUAAGACUGCUCAAAGCUAUGAAAGACACACAAAGUCCUUUCUUCCUAGCAGUGGGUUUCUACAAACCUCACAUUCCAUUCAGGAUCCCAGUGGAAUACCUCAAGCUGUAUCCCAUUGAGAACAUGACACUAGCUCCAGACCCAUAUGUUCCAAAGAAGCUUCCAGAAGUGGCCUACAACCCCUGGACUGAUAUCCGGAAAAGAGAGGACGUCCAGGCUCUGAAUGUCAGCUUCCCGUAUGGACCAAUCCCUAAAGACUUUCAGCUGCGUAUCAGGCAGCACUAUUUUGCAGCCAUAUCGUACGUCGACGCUCAGGUCGGGAAGAUCCUGCAGGCCCUCGAUGAUCUGGACCUGGCCAAGGAAACCAUCGUGGUGUUCACAUCAGACCACGGCUGGUCCCUCGGCGAACACGGCGAAUGGGCCAAAUACAGCAACUUUGACGUAGCCACCCGUGUGCCGUUAAUAGUGUACGCUCCAGGUGUGACCUCACCUCUGCCUCGGCCCGGGGAGAAAACGUUCCCUUAUGUAAACGUGUUUGAAAACAUGCAGGAGCAGUUUGACGAAGGCUUUGUGGUGCACACUGUGGUGGAGUUAGUUGACGUUUUCCCCACUGUGGCGUCUCUGGCUGGCCUCGCCUCCCUUCCUAAAUGCCAUUCCCCAUCCUUUAAGACCGACCUGUGCACAGAGGGUUCAAACCGUGCACAUCUCCUUGGGCACUAUGAGAGUGAUGCCAAUGACGAAGCGUAUGCCUUCAGCCAGUACCCGCGCCCCAGCGACACCAUCCAAGAUGACUCGGACCUGCCUUCGCUCGCUAAUAUCACCGUAAUGGGCUACUCGGCGCGCUCCGCUGAGUUUCACUUCACUCUGUGGGUGGGUUUCGACUCGUCUCGCUUCUAUGCCAAUCUGAGUGACGUACACGCCGGUGAGCUUUACAUCCUCUCCCAAGACCCAAACGAGGACGACAACAUCUACGACCAACAGGUUCAUGCCAAACUAUUGAUGCUGAAGCUCUGUAUGCAGCACUCGUGGAUGGAAAGUCUCAAAGAGAACAUGAUGUACUUUAGAGAGGUUUUGAAAAGAAAAUGGACUACUUUUUAAAAAGUCACAGUUAACAAAUGACAAUUUAUUUCGUAGCUGCUUUGAGAAAGGGAAGAAAAAAAUACCUCUAAAACUUCCAGAAUAUCUUGUUGUAAUUUUUGAGGGAAUAUUAACAUUUGGCCAGUUGUAUACUACAUUUAAUAAUAGUGGCGAAUCGUUAACUAUUAGAGCUGGGACUUGAGCUCAGCCAAAACUUAGCCAGACACCAAAAAAGCAACAGGGCAAAGGAUUUUGCAAGGGAUUAGCAGCAGGUAGCACCAUUGUGUGUAGCUGUCGAUGCUGAUUUUAAAAGGUAACUAAGUAAAUUACACAGGGAAAUGAAUACUUAAGUCUGAGUGAAAAUUACUGUAUUAAUGAAUAUUGUCCAUGCAGGAUUCAUGAAGCCAGCUUUCCCAUUUCCAGACAUCCCAAGCACAAUAAUGUCCACAGGUGUGUUACACUAAUUAAUGCCCCAUCGGAACCAUUAACGGAACUCAACAAAUUAACAUAUAUUUUACAGUAGAGGGAUUUGGGUAAGUUCACAAAAAACCCAAAACUUUAUUCAUAUGAAAUCAUGACAUUGCUACAUGUGCGUGGAAGAAGAGUCUGGAGACAGAAAUCUUACCCUGUGUCCAAAAUCACUCACCCGUUCACUACUCCCUAUCUAGGGAAUUGCUAUAUAGAGGACUAUAUAGUGAACUCAUUGGUAAAAUGGAAAAAGAGAAGAGAAAAAAAAACCUUUAAGACACUAGUCUGUUGCGCUGGUAUUUACGUCAUUACUGUCGCACAAUUAAAACGUGCCAGAUCAGGCGGCUGGUGGGUUUUCAAAAUAAUAAAUACGUGCAUGUAUUUUUGUGAUAAAUCCAUAUUAUACUGAGCGUCUUUCCCACAUUAAUCAAUACCUGCAUCUUUCAUUUUUUUUUUAAAUCAAGGCUGAAUACUUUCUUCUUUGCCGCUGCCUUUUAUUAAAUCAAAUUUGAGACUUUUAAUUUGAUUUCUUUCAGCGUGACCGCAAUGCACGAUGGGAUAUAUUGCUUAGUUAGUGACCAUCGGUUGUACACUACUUUUCAUGAUGCAUUGUGGGAUACUUUGAGUGCACUAUUUAGGGUGUAAAUGAUCCUAGUGGGGCAGCAUAGCUAACCUAUUGUGCAUUUUGUGAUACAAGCACCAAAUUUGGCACAAAUGUACAUUGACAUAUGGCGAACAUUUUCAGAUAUCGAGCCACUCGGAAUUCUCUCUUCAUGUCCGCCAUAUUGGAAUUCAAAAUGGCCGCCAUUUGAAAUCUACAUUUGCGCUUAUCUGACCUAAACUUCACUUCCCUGUUGUUUCCAUUCUGUGGACUGUUACAUGAAGAAUAGAUAUUUUUAUAUUCCAAUUAAAUUUAAGGUAAUACUAGCACUGUGUUUGCCAUCCAGACUGGUCCUAUUGCAGGAGGAUAGUGAUGACCACAUCAGUGGAUUUUAUACUUUUCCUCAUUAAAUAAUAUUUGGUGCAGGUGAUGACCUAAUCAAUACCUCAUUAAGUAAAAUGAGAUGUGUUGGAAUCCCAGCACAGACACUGGAAUGAAAUGGCUGCCGUACACAGAGAUGCUGAUUUAAGAAAAGAUUUAAGUGGUCUCUUAUUUCUUUUUUUUCCAGAGCUGUAUGUCAUGUCUCUACACAAAAUAGCCCAUAUUAUUGAGAAAUGGAUUGAUCAGUAUAGUUUGCAAAAUUAUUUACAAAUAAAAAAAUUAAUUUGUCAACUAUUCACCCUCCAUUGGUGUAAAACCCCUAAAUUAGUUAUGGUUAAAUCAGCUGAAAGUUUCCAGAAACUAUGAGGUGAUUUCCAUUCUAAAGACAGUGAUUUGAUUGUAGAAAGCUCCAGGGUUUAUUAGAGAGCAUACUUAAGCAAACAGCAUCAUGAAAACCAAUAACCUAUGAAAACACAUGCAGGACAAGGUUCUGAAAAAGUGUCAAUUAGGGUUUGGUUAUUAAAAAAAAUAUCCCAAACUUGGAGCACCCACAGAGCAAUAUUAAAUCCAUCAUUUUAAAAAAAGGAAAGAAUUUGGUACAAUCAUGAGGAAGUCAUCCACCAAAAGUCAGUGACUGAGUCAAGAGGCAGAGGACGGAAUAGAUGCUCAUUCUUGUUCAAUCAGCAUUAUCUAGUUGUUCCAGUUAAACUUUCAGGAACACACACCUUCUCCUGCUUGACAAUGCAGUCACCUUCACCCUUCCCUCCAUUAUCUGUAGCCACUUAUCCUCUCCAACAGGGUCACAGGCAAGCUGGAGCCUAUCCCAGCUGACUACGGGCGAAAGGCGGGGUACACCCUGGACAAGUCGCCAGGUCAUCACAGGGCUGACACAUAGACGCAGACAACCAUUCACACUCACAUUCACACCUACGGUCAAUUUAGAGUCACCAGUUAGCCUAACCUGCAUGCCUUUGGACUGUGGGGGAAACCGGAGCACCCGGAGGAAACCCAUGUAGACAUGAGAACAUGCAAACUCUACACAGAAAGGCCCUCGUCGGCCGCUGGGCUCGAACCCCGGACCUUCUUGCUGUGAGGUGACAGUGCUAACCACUACACCACCGUGCUGCCCGUCACCUUCACCUACUUUAGGAUAAUUAGCCUAUUGCUUAACUGUUGGAACUCCUUCGGGUUCCAUAUCAAACCUAGAACAACACAGAAUCUAAUCAAUAACUCAAACUUGUCAAAACAAUUUUUACUUCACAGACUUUGAGUAAAAUGUUGUCUUGUCAAAAAUACAUGAUGAUGAAUAUUCAUCUCUCAUGAAUUAAGUGGAGUACUGUAAUAAAGUAUGUCAUUUUGAAAAAUGGAUACCAGCAAAUAUUGUCAUGUACUAUAAAAAUAUUUGACCCAGAGGUAAUCGCACAUGUAGAAUUCAAGUGGCGGCCAUUUUGAAAUCCAAUAUGUUGGCUAAUUCAUAAAGAUACACAAUGCAGAUUGUAACCAUCGGAUUCCUUUCCUCCCAAAACAUACAUUUGGACACCAGAAUCGAGUCAAUAGCAGCAUUAGACCCAAAGAUAAUCGAAAAUGUAGAUUUCAAAUGGCGUCCAUUUUGAAUUCCAAUAUGGCGGACAUGAAGGGAGAAUUCUGAGUGGCUCAAUAUCUGAAAAUGUUCGCCAUAUAUCAAUGUACAUUUGUGCCAAAUUUGAUGCUUGUAUCACAAAAUGCACAAUCCUUUUGAAUAUUCGAGCUAAACCGCCCCACUAUCCUCACUAUAGUUUCGGACGGCACUACAAAACGGCGUCCUCACUAUAUAGUGCCCAAUAUAGUGAGUAGGGAGCGAUUUCGGACACAGGGUUUGUUUGUCGGUCGUUAUCCUGUGCUACUUGGCUUGGCUCGGCUCAAUAGCACUGGCUUGACCGCUUUAUUAGCAUUCGCUAACACUACUGAUGAAUGCUACACCAGCUGGAAGGUUAUUUCAAUGCUGCACGGACGGUACCGACUUGUUGCUAAGCUUGCGUUGGACUUCGAGAAGGCCUAGGGUGAUAAAUGUUUUGGUCCCUCCCACUAUAAAUCAAAAUCUGAUAGGUUAAUUCAUCUGUCAUUUCCGAUACGGCCUUGAAGUCUCAACCAAUGAGUGAGCCAGCUUGAAACUCUUCUCAGGCUAGAGACAACAAACAAACAAAAAAAUCUUAUUGGAUAACUCGAUUUUAAUGUUUUCAGGACACUUUCAUUUCUGAAGCAAAUUUGAUAGAUAAUGAGGCUGAAUUAGAAGAGUGUGUUUAUAAAAUUAUGAAAGAAUUAAAGCAAGUACACUACCGUUCAAAAGUUUGGGGUCACUUUGAAAUGUCCUUAAGGCCCGGUCCCACUGCACUUACGGAUGCAAAGAGGAUGUAAAAUGUAAAAAAAUCUUUGCCAUCCGUUGGAAAACGCUAUGAAUCCGUUGUGUACUCAUUGCAUACGUGCUUCAUACGCUCUAUCCAUCGAGCAUCCGUCCACUGUGAUUUCAUCCGCGCAAAAAGUUUUGAGCUGCACAAAACUUUUAGAACGGAUGAACUUUCCGCCGUGUACGAUGUAAAUCCGCGACAUAUACGAGCAACAAACGUUCUAUGUCCGUUAUCAUCCGUUAAACGUCUGCUAUAUCCUCUCUGCAUCCUCUGGGCAUCCUCGCAACUCACAUCCGCUGCAGCUGAAAACGGAAAGAGGGAGGAAAGAUAAGGUACAUGAAACGUCUAUUCAUCGUUAGUAGCACGGAAAUAGAAAGGAUGUAAGCGUAUGCAUCUCGUAUAUAAAGUAUUCAAAACGGACAAAGCGUUUAUAUCUGGGAUGUAUCUCGUAUAUUUAGGAUGUCUGGAGUAUGUCUAGAGUAUGCAGAAGGACACCUAGCAGCAGUCUCAUCAUCACAGUCAGUGUCAGGGGGUGGGGUGCUGGUUCUGACCUUCUUCACCUUGCCAGGGCUUGAACGAGUAGGCACGGACUUCCUUUUCUUGCCUGACUGGCGCACCAUGGUGUUGAUACAAGAUGUAGUAGAGAUGUAUCAAUGUAGCCUUCUUCAAAAACGAGAUGUAGUAGAGAUGUAUCGAUGUAGCCGCCAGCACGUCUUUCCGCUUUAUGCUGACGGCGUGCGUGCUGCAUCCCUUUAUAUCCGCGGAGCAGACGCAAUUCAUACCCCCCGCAUGCGCAGUGAACGGUCUGCAUCCGAUAUACAUCCGCGCAACAUCCCCUUUGUUUCCGUUAGGCGUACGUGAUGCAUCCCCUUCAUCCGCUAUGCAUCCGCUCUUUCUGCUAUGCGUCCGCUUCUCAGUUAUCACCGGUAACCCCUUCGGAGCUGUCAUCCACUUCCAUCCGCUAGGCUUCCUAUGAACAUGCGUUUAACAUCCCCGCUAUAUACUACCCACGUCCGUUCUUUUCCGUUCUGUUUUCGCAAAUUUUCGCCAAUUUUGUCCAUUUCUGGAGCGGAUGAAAACAGAUAGAGCCACCCCCGAAAUUUUGCUCGUCCGCUGUGUCCUUUUUGCAUACGUUUUGUGUCCAUCGGCCAGUGGGACCGGGCCUUUAUUUUUGAAAGAAAAGCACUGUUCUUUUCAAUGAAGAUCACUUUAAACUAAUCAGAAAUCCACUCUAUACAUUGCUAAUGUGGUAAAUGACUAUUCUAGCUGGUUUUUGGUGCAAUAUCUCCAUACGGUAGGUGUAGAGAGGCCCAUUUCCAGCAACUAUCACUCCAGUGUUCUAAUGGUACAAUGUGUUUGCUCAUUGCCUCAGAAGGCUAAUGGAUGAUUAGAAAACCCUUGUACAAUCAUGUUAGCACAGCUGAAAACAGUUGAGCUCUUUAGAGAAGCUAUAAAACUGACCUUCCUUUGAGCAGAUUGAGUUUCUGGAGCAUCACAUUUGUGGGGUCGAUUAAAUGCUCAAAAUGGCCAGAAAAAUGUCUUGACUAUAUUUUCUAUUCAUUUUACAACUUAUGGUGGUAAAUAAAAGCGUGACUUUUCAUGGAAAACACAAAAUUGUCUGGGUGACCCCAAACUUUUGAACGGUAGUGUAAAUAUCAGCAUUUCAAAUGUUAUAUGUUUGGGCUUAGAAGGCCCUGAUGGUUUCCCUCUGUUUAAUAAUGUAGUGUAGAACAAAGAUGAAAUUAAAAAAGUAAUAAUAAAUUUUAAAAAAAAGGGAAAAAUGUUUAAUUUUAAUAGAGUGGUAGAGAGUUCGCACUUGAUUUCACACUCAACUGAGCAGAUUUUAGCAGCGUCGCAAAACACCGAUGGGGGAAAAACAACUCAAAUCGAGAAUUUCGUGUUAUACUCUGGUGCGGCGGAGUCACCACGAAAAUACCGUGCAGAGAAAUGUGAAAACUCGCCAGUGUGUUAUUCAGGUGCACCUUAGAGAAUAGUUUUAAACAAUGAUGAAUGUUUUGUGCAACAUACAACAAGGGAACUAAUUCUUCAUGGCUUUCAGUUAAACUAGCACAGUUUACUUUUCAUGCCUUCAUCCAGUUGUGUUUUAAAGACCACCUUGUACCGGUUUUUUUUUUCAGAUUUUGUUUGUCUUCUUGCUCUGAGAAGUUGUUACUUGCAACACCAUUUUCUCUCACCAUUUACAAUGCAUAAAUUACUUUGAAGAUGAAUAUCAAAUAUUCAUGUGGAAGCCAAUAAAUGGACAUUUUUCAGCCUAAAAAAAACAAAAGCAAGUAUCUCUCUCUCUCUCUCUCUCUCUCUCUCUCUCCCCCCAUCAAAUGCAUUUUUAUAAAUGUGCAGCAGGAGUGUGCUGCUGCGUGUAAUCCUCAGGGAGUGUCGACGCAUUCGGCGCCAGCAAACAGGCUUCACUGCCAGCUGCUUUCAUUUUCACUGCCUUCGUCUAAAAGCAAGGUUCGCACCAUCAGAUAUGGAUCCACACGCUGAUUCAAGCUGAUGUAUAAACCGCACACACCAAAUUAACGCCCGUGUCCUGUAUGCUAGCUAUACAAAGCUUUAAUUUAGUCCGUUUAAGCAAGAAAUAUGGGUUUAAUUUUGUAUUGUGUUUGCAGGACUAAUUACGCAUUUCUCUUUCCCCUUCAUUGGAAAUGAUUGCAAAAAAAGGAUUUUGUGUUUUUAUUUAUGGGCACUGGUAUUAUCCACUUGUCAUAUUCUCCAUAUAAAUAGGAUUAUGCAGAAGAAGAUAAACACUCUGAGAAGGGGCGAGAGAAUUUGACUUAGUGAUGAUAAAUGAUUUGUAUUAACCACAUUAGUUUCAGUGUGAUUCCUAACAGGGAAUCAAUGCAGACACGGUUAGGGAUCACUGCUCCGAAUAAUAAACAUUGAUUUCCAUAACCA